CCCAGUGAGUCUGAGAGUCUGGCGGAGUGCCGAGGAGGAGAGGCAGCAGGCAGCGGUGGCAGAGAUGGGCUCACACCUCUGAAUCACAACUCAACCUCCAGUCGCUCACACCUCAUCAAGGAAUCACACCCCCGUCAAGCAUCUCGGAGAUCUGGGACGACUAUUUUUUGUUUGUUUGUUUGUUUUUGUUUUGUUUUUUUAUUUUUUUGCUUGUGGUGCUGCUUAUAAAGACUGGCAGACUGAAGCUACCCUCAAGAAGAAAAAGGCAGGAGCGGGAAGGUUUACAGUUGCAUUCCGACGCUCAGCACUCCUCCUGUCGUCUCACCUGCACGGCCGGUGGAGAGAGGUCCGCUGCGAUAAUAAUGCAUCCAGAUAAGCAGUUACCUGAACUGGUGGCCGAGAAAAACAGCUUGGACCCCUCCUUUGUGCAUGCAGUGCGCCUGCUUGCUGAUGAGAUUGAAAAGUAUGAAGGUGAUGAAUUGAGAAAAGAUGGUGACAUGAAGAAAUACCUCGAUAUCAUCAGCAAUAAAAAUAUCAAGCUCUCUGAAAGAGUCCUCAUUCCAGUCCAACAGUAUCCAAAGUUUAAUUUUGUCGGGAAGCUGCUGGGACCACGGGGAAAUUCCAUGAAGCGAUUACAAGAGGAAACGGGAGUGAAGAUGUCCAUCCUCGGCAAAGGGUCCAUGAGGGAUAAAGGCAAGGAAGAAGAAUUAAGGAAAAGCGGGGAGGCAAAAUAUGCCCAUCUGAGUAAUGAUCUUCACGUUUUAAUUGAAGUCUUUGCUCCACCUGGAGAGGCCUAUUCCCGCAUGAGUCAUGCCUUGGAGGAGAUUAAAAAAUUCCUUGUUCCAGACUACAAUGACGAGAUCAGACAGGAGCAACUGAGAGAGCUCUCCCUGUUGAACGGCUCUGACGAGUCGAGCAGAGGAAGGAGUGUGCAAGGGAGGAGUGUACGACCUGCAACCACAAUAUCGGCCAGGGGCCUCAGAGGCGCAGGAAGGAGUGCAGCAGCACCUCGGGGGACAGCGCCAGCGUCACACAGCAAACUUCCCACGACUGUUUUAACAAGGGAGGUACAAGCUCCGAGAGCCAGGGGGUCAGCAGGGAGUGCUGGGUACAGGCCCCCGCUGUUAGCAGUCACACAUGACUCAUACGACGACUAUGGCUACGAUGAUGGAUAUGGUGGAGAAUAUGAUGACGAGAGUUACGAAGCCUAUGAGGAUAACUACAGCAAUCAGUCAAAGAGCAUUUCAGAAUAUUAUGAAUAUGGACAUGGAACCAGUGAUGAAUCCUACAACAACUAUGAGGAGGAGUGGGCGACUACCCGUCCCAGUCUCAAAGCCCCAGUUUUACGGCUGACAAGAAGGGGCUACAGAAAACAUCCCUAUGGUAGAUACUGAAGGUGCUCCAGAUAUGUGACCUCCAAUUUCAAACUAUUUCUAUAUUUUUUAAAUUCCUCAUAAAAUGUUGUAACACUUGUUUUGUUUUUUGGGGGGUUAUUUUUGUCUCCUUCAGAAAUUGAAAUAAAGAAUAAACCCAUAAAGCACAUAAAUCCACAAACUUUAAGAUUAUUGGAGUAGUGAUUUUUUUAUUCAUAAAGAAAAAUACAGAGAGGAAAUGAAAAGAGACACUCAUCAUGUACAAGAAAGUUGUUCUUAAAAUUGGCUUUUUAAAUGCCCUUCAUUGCACCUCGGUACCCAAAAAGUGGUCAUUUCAGAUUUUGGACAUUAAACUACAGAUGUUUAAACUCUCAGAUUUGUGAGAAAUUAAUUUCCAUGUAUUGCCUUUAAUGCAGUGAUUAUCAAGGUUUACUAGCCAACCCCCCUCUAUGCCAGAAAGAGACACAAUGUUUUUGUCUUUCGAGACGCUCACUGUGUCAGAUUAGGCAAUCAUAGAGUCAUAGCUUAUUGCUGUUGGACGCAGACCAAUCAUGGCUUUCUUUCACAACUUCCUUGAACUACAUACACCGGUCAGCUGUAACAUUAUGAACGCCUGGGCACCCUGGUGGUCAUGAUUUUAUGCAGCCCCAUAUGCAACAAACUGCGACGCACUGUGUGUUCUGACACCUUUUAAUCAGAACCAGCAUUAACUUUUUCAGCAGUUUUGAGCUACAGUAGCUCGUUUGUUGGAUCCCCACACGUAUCAGUGAGUCUUGGCCGCCCAUGACCCUGUGCCAUUUCACCACUUUUCCUUCCUUGCACCACUUUUGACAGGUACUGACUGGGGGGGAACACCCCACAAGAGCUGCAGUUUUGGAGAUGCUCUGACCCAGUCGUCUAGCCAUCAUAAGUUGGCCCUCAAUCCGCUCAAAUCCUCACGCUGCCUAUUUUUCCUGCUUCUAACACAUCAACUUUGAGGACAAAAUGUUCACUUGCUGCCUAAUGUAUCUCACCCACUGAUAGGUGCC